AUGGAUAAUCUUUCUAAGCUCUAUGAAACAAGAAUAUCUCUUUUCCGCUAAGAAAAGGAUAAAAUAGUUUAUUAUCUUCUUAUUAUUAAUAAACAAACAGGUGCAGUUAACUCUCUUAGAAAAAGAUACUCUGAAUUAAGAGAUUUACAUGAUAAACUUGAAAAAAAGAUUAAGGAGUAUAGGCUUGAUAUUUAUUUGCCAAUUUUUCCAGGAAGAAAUUUAAUUUAAAAGACAAAUAAUGAUCUCAAAAAAAUUGAAGGAAGAAAGAUAGAAUUGUAGUAAUACUUUAAUGAUCUUCUCAAAAUUCCCAAGCUUCAUUCUUUAGAUUUAUUAAAAGAAUACUUGCCUACUACUAGAAAAUUAUUAAAUAAUAAAGGAAACAAUACACCCAUACCUAUGAGCGAAGUAGAAAAUGAAAAGUGGUUAUUCAAGUCUCGUUUAUCUUCUAAUUUUGCAGAAGAUAAGGACUAAGAAUUAUUGUUGGUAGAUUCAGGCGAUAAAACUCAUUAGAUUAAAGUCACAAUAGAUAGAUACAAUUAUAUAGAUGAUACAAUGUACUUUUAUGUUUCGUUUUAUGAUAAUGUUACUAAAGAGGAAUGGGUUUAUUGCACCAGGUAUUCGACUCUAAAAAGAUUCCAUGAAACUCUUCAAGAUAAAAAUUUAAAGUAAUACCUUAAAAAAUUCCCUUCGCGUAAGAUAUUUGGCAUAACAAACGAAGACCCAGAAUCAAUAGAAAAGAGAAGAAAAUAAUUGGAGGAAUAUCUGGACUAUGCCCUUUCCCAAGAAGCUGUCCUUGAAAAUGAAUAUGUAAAAUACUUCUUAGAAGAUACUAAAAAUUAAUACUUGCAGUAGAAGAAAAAGGAAGACCUUAAAAAGAAGAAAAUGAAAAAAAUGCAUGAAGAUAUUAUCAGAAAAUAAGCUAAUGAAAUAGUUGAAAAAGCAAGGUAAUAAGGCAAAAUCCUUGACAGUGAUACCUUAAAAAAAUAAUUACUCUCUAAAAUUAGUAGUAGCAGUAAUAGUAAUGGAAGUAAUAGUAAAGAUUCAGAUGAUGAAUCUGCUCCAUCGAGUAAUGGCUCUUAAAAAAGUAGCUUAGGUGAUGAUUAAGCAAAUAUAAAUUAGUUAGUCUUGAGAAAAAAGAAAAGUAAAGGAGGUAAUCUAAAUCCUAAUCCUAAAGGUUUACUUAAAACAAUUCUUGCAAUAGUUCCAGAAGAAAUCAAUAUUGCUUAUGUAGAUGAAUGA